GACAGCGUCAGUAUUUCAGGAAGAAAUGCUAAUGUGAAGUAAUUGUACUGCCCGUGUUACUAAAAAUAGAAAGAUCUCAAAUGUUCAAGUCAUGCACCGUAAAAAACAUAAACUUCAUCCUUAAAGUCUGGAACCAAAUCAUGUCUUGGGAGUGAGAAUACAUAUAUAAUACUUACACACACGCAUACGCAAAUACAAAUUCUAAGAUGUUUUUUUGUUUCGCCUAAUAAACGUAGAUAUCAAUGAUUAAGAGAGAUGAAAUAUGUUUUUUUUUUUAAUUAUUCACCGACAUCGUUUCAGAGGUGUGAACUGAUAUAUUUGUUUGACUGAUGUGUGAUUGUAACAUUCUCUAUUACAUCACGUGUAUACUGGUAUUAGGUAUUAGGAUGGGUUUUUUUAUUGGAAAAAAAUCAGGGUUAUUAAACUCCGAGAGACUAAAGGAGAGGUCACAUGGGGGUCGGUUGGUGCAAUGAAAUGAGGUCAAAGUGGAUUUCAGAGCGCGAAUUUUUUAGAUGUCCAUGACAAAAUCGCCGAGAAGAGUGUACACGUUAAUUAUGUGGUGUCUGGUGGAUACACAUGUAAUAUUAAAGAUUAUGAUAGAACCAUAUUUUGUACACGGUUUACAAUAAUUACGAGAGAGGGUGAAGGGGGAGCGAGAGUAAGAGAGAGAGGGAGAAGAAAGGUAGAGAGAGAGGGAGAGAUAGGCAAACACAGACUAGGUAGAAAGAGAGAAAUAUAUAUAUAAUCCCUGUCCCAUGCGACCAGUUAAAAGAUAGCGUUCACCACCGCCCCCCCCCCCCCCCCCCCCGCCUUGACCCAAGCUAGGUCACCUCAAACCUAGUCCGACCUCUUCUGUGACAACACGCUAACUCCCACCUCCCACCUUUUCCAAAGUCUUCGCCCAUUUUCAGUGGCUUUAAAACCUUCUUUCCCCCGUCAAGAAGGCAAAACGACUACCCUGGGUUUUACUGAUCGCUUGUAGACCCUAUCGAGUUCUCCGAAAAGGCCCUUAGAUGAUUUUGUACAUUAGUAGCUGAACGGAGUCCCGUGUUCUCUCGUUUGGCCGCUCGGAUUAUCACAGAAUUCUAAAUGGGUCCUCCUCCGUCUACAAUUUCGAUGACGUUGGCUGCGCUGCUCCUCGCGACGAUCCUCGCUGGAGGAUCUUCGCAACGACUGCCGCAUCACCUGAGAUCCGCACCUGGCGCAGUGGUUGAGAAUCUCGGACUCGUGUAUCUGGUAACCAGCCACGUCGAGGUCCGUGUCUCCCUAUCGCCCCUCCGCAACGCCUUAGAACUCAUGGCACAUUACAGAGACCAGAUAACUUCUCUCCAAAGAAAUCUCACUCUUGAUCCUUCUCACGAUCCACAGCGCAUUCAUCUUUUAAAUCAGACACUCUCCUUGAUCAUUUCGAGUUUGGAUUCCUUUAGGGCGCACGGUCUUUUCGGAUUCCUAGACGGCGUCCUUCCAUCCGACCUCCAGGAGUACAGGAAAAGCGUAUCUGUCGUUCAUAUUGUCGACUCGUCCGCUGAAGUCGACGACGGCGGCGCCCUUACGCAAGCCGUUCAGGAGUUAGUUUCAGCUUUUAGUGGUGUCAAAAGUGAACUAGUUUUUCUUGCCGGAACUGCAAAUGAAACGUCUGACGUCACGCUCUUAACUUUUGAGCUUCUUUCUUACCAAAUCGCUGUUAAUAGGGUCACAGAAAGCGUAAAUGAUUUGGUACAUGCUCUUCGUAGCGCAGUUUAUGGCGAAGUGGCGCCUAAUCUGAUUUCCCUUGAAGACUUGUACCCUGUUCUUCGAAACAUGUCGUACUACUCUCUCAGUCCUCUUUUCCCUUUAAAGCAACACACUCGAUUUUACGCAAGCCUGAAAUCCUUCGUCACUCCUUCCAGCUUAUCGAUUAUGAUUCCAGUGCGCCCUUCAAUUGUUUUUAAAGCUUUCCGGAUACACCCUUUCCCACAUAAGACAAACAAUUCUCAUUACGUUGUCCAUACAGAUAACACGCUCAUCUUUAGGGUACUGCAUGGGCAGUCUAUAUCCUACCCUCCUACGAAUUACCUAAACACUUGCUCAAAACCUACGCAGAAAAUGCACGUAUGUUAUUCACGGCCUCUGCCUCUGCUGCACGAACACUCCUGUGCCUUUGCCCUUGUUACAGGUAUUCGCGUCCCUUCCCUUUGUUAUUUUGACGUCAUCAAAGCAGAAGUAACGCCAUUUGUCCUGAGCCUUCCGGAGGUGACGUUGCUCUAUUUCUACCGCUCGACGUUCGCUACCAUCAUAUGCGAGGACAAUCCACCAGAUGUACACUUACAGGGAACCUACGUCUUGCCCCAUCACUGCGAGAUGGAUUUUCUCUCUUUACACAUCCCGGCCACCAAGUUCUUCAUCGCGGAUUUUCACUCGAUUAAACCUUCGCUCCUGACCUUGCCGACUGCCAACGUCACGAUCCCUGCGUCGCGAGUCGUGCGUGCGUUACGACCUCGGAUCGCAAGUGAGGAAUUUGACUUCUACUAUCCGGUGUAUGUUAAUUUGGUAGGCAUGUUCCUCCUUGUACUCAUGUUCGGGGCGUGCUACCUCAAAGCGUAUAAGAUGCACAGAGAGGAAGAGAUAAAACAGAGUAAAACCAUGGAUCAAUCUGUUCCGUGUCUGUCGCAAUCAGAAGCGCCUCCUGCCUACUCGGAAGGUCACUGAGUAGGAUUUUGUACUCUUUUCUCUCUCGCCUUUUCAUUCUCCGAAGUGUUCAUGGUUCGAGCUAGUAGGUCCUUGCACGCUGCCACGACCAUUUCUCUAUUAUAUUAUUUCAUUUAAAAGCUAACAUAAAAAAAGAGAAAAAUAUAAAAAGUACUGAUCAAUGGUUGAUCCUUCUCCUCGACAUUGGCCUUCCUGUGCAUUAUCUCAGUAUAUCGAUUAAAGUGCCAUGUCCAGAAAAUGCCAAUGAGAAAUAGCACGGCACCCAGCGUCUCAGGAACUGGGCCGACGAUGGACGCUGUUACAGGUGAAGCUGUCCCCGCGGAUGACACUUAAAAGGACGUGUACAUGUCGAGGAAAGCCCGAAGCUCAUCGCAGUAGGUGAAGCUGCCUCUAUCAUGUCCUUACAGCCUCACGCCUCGCCCCUCAAUCAUCUGACAAAACGUUACCACCCGCUUCGCAGGGACUCUGCUGGCUCCUCUGACGUCAUUUUUAUCGUCAAUAAAGGCAUAGCGUUUA